AUGGAAUUUGUAAAAUAAUGUCUACUAAUGGAGAGUUGUGAAUUCGCAAAAAAAAUGAUUAAAAUGCAUGUGAAUUAGUUAAAGAUAAAUGUCAUUAGAAUUAAAAUAAAUCUUUAUGUUAAACACAUACAUAUUAAACUUAUUCUACUUAAAUAGGAAGUUGUAAGAAUACUAAAACUUGGAAUAAUAAGCAAAUUCAUCUAUGUCACUAUCAUAAAUAAUAAUGUGUUAUAAUGGAUAUUAAUACUCUUAAAUCAGGAUAUUGUUACAUAAAGACAGCUAAGCCUCAUAGAUGGGAUCCAAAUGCAGGUUCAUGUUUUUUCAUGUGAAAAAUCUAUUAGAUUAAUAACUGAAUUUAACGAUAUUCUUGGCACAUUAAUAAUAUCAUUUUUUUUGAUCUAUUGA